AUGCCUUCUCUGCACCACGGGGCAAUCUUCCUCGGAGUCUUCCUUAUAGUGACAGGAGGCUCCACAGCCUUCCUGACCUCGUCCCAGAGCCGUCUGCAGGCCUUCUCCCUCUGUUGCGUGGUAUUAGGGGCAGUCAUGCUCAUUCUGGGGCUUUUUUGGGCUAUGAACAGCAAGUCCCAUGUUAACUACAGCCAUGGGGAAUACAACGGGGACUGCCCUCAUCACCAAUUCAACGACUACCCCAGCUUCGGGGGCCCAGUCUUCUUCCCACCCACAGGGAGCCGCUUCCCGGAGUCCCAGUCGGUGUUUCUACCCAGGACCCAGGAAAGCCAGCAGCGUGGCGCUCGAUGUGAGGAAUUUGACUACCCUCCCAUGGACCCUGGGUGUUACAGUCCAUCCAACCAUCCUCCUCCCUGGCUUGGACCACCUCCACCCUAUGAGGUCGCCAUUAAAAGCACCUGUAGCUCUACACAUCUUCGGCGUGCAUACUCAGACACUCAGCUGGCAACGGAGCCGUUGUUUGGACAGUCAAGAGAGAUCAGCUUUGAAGUCUGA